CCGUUUUCGAACCUUAUAAUCACCUGAAAACACACACACUAGGUCAGUGGUUUUCAAAGCUCUCCAUGAAGUACCCCCAGCACUGCUAUUUUUUAUGUCUCUCUAUAUCUGACACACCCACUUCAGGUCUAGCAGUCUCUCCACUAAUGAGCUGAUGAGCUGAAUCAGGUGUGAUAGAUGAGGGAGACUUGUGCAGGGCUAAACCCUAAACCAUGACAAAAAAACAACAACAACAAAAAACUUUUUUUGCAGCUACGUAGCCCACAUCUGGUACUCCACAGUACCAGAUGUGGCAUGACACUAGGGCUGAAACGAAUAGUCAACAUUAUAAAAAUUUGUCGACAAGUUGUCGUAGUUGUUUGAUCUCAUUAUAAGGCAGUUCGAUAUAAGACAUAAUACACCUAAUAUAAGAGCCUGCAAUAAUGCAGUUUCACCAGAGUGGCGCUGUAGUGCAAGACUGUAAUUCAGCCUUCCUGAUGCAAUUCAAGAGAAGACGACUCAGCGCUUCAGACCAAACCAGUUACUCCUGAAGCUGACCUUAUUCAAGAGAUAGCCUCAAAAGCUCUUAUUACGGGACUAAAGUCAAAAAUCACUGGAAAGAAAUGGCAGAAUCAGCAGCAAAUUGGUUUGUGGAUCAGUUCAGGUGUCCAGUCUGUUUGGAUGGACUGAAGGAGCCGGUGACGAUUCCCUGUGGACACAGUUACUGUAUGAGCUGCAUUACUGACUGCUGGGGCCAGAAGGAGCAGGGGCCGCCGUACUGCUGUCCCCAAUGCAGAGAGAGCUUCAGUCAGAGACCUCUACUGAAGAAGAACACUCUGAUAGCGGAGAUGAUGGAGACGCUGCAGAAGACGUCUCUACAAACGGCUGCUGUGGAGUGUGAUGUUUGCACUACAGAGAAGAGCAGAGCUGUAAAGUCCUGUCUGCAGUGCUUGGCCUCCUUCUGUCAAACUCACCUGCAGCUUCACUAUCAAUCUCCUGCGUUUAUGAAGCACAAACUAGUGGAAGCCUCUAGAAACAUUCAGGAGAACAUCUGCCUCAGUCAUGGGAAACUUCUGGAGAUCUACUGUCAGGACGACCAUCAGUCCAUUUGUUGUUUGUGUACUGAUGAUCAUAAAGGACACAGUCUGGUGUCUCUGGAUUCAAAUUGGACUAGGAAAAAGGAAGAGUUAAACGAGACAAAGGUGUCGUGUCAAAAGCUCAUCCAGGAGCGAGAGAGAGGUCAGCGGGAACUCAGUGAAUCUCUGAAGCUUCUCACAAGUUCAGCGCUAGAGACCAUGGAGGACUUUGAGAAGGUCUUCGCUGAACUCAUCUGCUCUCUUGAGAAGAAACGCUCUGAGAUUAAAGAGCAGAUCAGAGCUCAGGAGAAGACUGAGAUAGAUCGAGCAGAGGAACUUCACAGACAUCUGGAUCAAGAGCUGACAGAACUCAGAAAAAGACAAGCUGAGAUUGAAAAACUUCUGAUUACUGAGGAUCAGGUCAAUUUUCUGAAGAGCUGUCAGUCCGUGUGUCCUUUGCCAUCAUUUGAAAACGUUCCCAUGACUCAACACACACUUUUUAAAGACAUUUCAAGCUCAAUGUUUAAGGAGGUUUUGGAGGACGUCUUUCAACAACAAACAGCCAGAAUAUCCAGAGAAGUGUCGAAUGUCUAUGUUACAAACCCUCCAGAACCAAAGACCAAAAAUGAUUUUUUGCAGUAUAUCUGGGAUAUUAACUUGGAUCUAAACACUGCACACAAUAGCCUAAAACUAUCAGACGACAACAGGAAAAUAUCAUCUUCAGAUACAGCUCAGCAAUAUCCUGAUCAACCGGAGCGGUUUAAUGAGCGUCCCUAUAUCUUGUCUAGAGACGGUUUGUCCGGUCGUUUCUACUGGGAGGUGGAGUGCAGUGGGGAUGAAUGGGCUGUAGGAGCUUGUUACAGUGGAAUAAGACGUAAAGGAAGCACUGAUGACUGUGCACUGGGCUUCAACAAAAUGUCAUGGAGACUGGGUUAUUAUCUGAAGAUUUUCAGUUUCAUUCAUGCUCAAAAGAAAAUCCUAAUCCCUGUGUCCUCUAGAGUAGGAGUGUAUCUGGAUCAUAAAGCAGGAUCUAUGUCCUUCUACAGAGUAACUGACACAAUGACUCUCCUUCACAGAGUCCAGUCCACUUUCACUGAACCCUUAUACCCUGCGUUUAAGGUUGGAAACCGUUCAUCUGUCAGGAUCAUAGAGCUGAAAAAAUACCAAGUAUCCACCUUAUUUUGCAGCGCGAACGAAAGUCUUUAUGAACGUGUCAGAAUUCCUCUUUAUUCAACUAAAUUGCAAAUUGGAAAUUGAAAAUGACGGAAGUGACGUGACAUACAGUCAAGUACAGUGAUCCAUACUCAGAAUUCGUGCUCUGCAUUUUACCCUAUGAAAGUGUGUGCAGACACACACACACACACACACACACACGCAUGCACACACACAGAGCAGUGGGCAGCCAUUUAUGCUGCAGCACCCAGGGAGCAGUUGGGGGUUCAGUACCGUGCUCAAGGGCACCUCAGUCGUGUUAUUGCCCGAGACUUGAACCCACAACCUUAGGGUUAGGAGACAAACUCUCUUACACUAGGCCAAGACUUCCAUAAAUUAUACCAUAAAUUAACUGAACUAUUCAUGAAUGCAAGAGGUCAUUAUGUAGAGUGUACCACAGGGUCAAUUUUCACAUUAAAUAUCUUAAAAGAUUUAUUAAAUGGUUAUGCUCUCAUUUAUCAUGAUUUAAUAAUUUUAAGAAAACAAUAUUUUUUAGAUUUAUUCAAUUGGUUUUUGAGGUAAAAUUACCUACCUAUCUUUUCUUUUUUUCUUUUUUAGAUGACAGUGAUUUGAUUUUAGAUUUUAUGAACUUUAUUUUAUUUUAAAAUGGGAUUUGUAUAAGAAUAAUCAAGAAAUAAAUAUAGUUUUGAAUGAUAGUUCUUUUCAUUUCAAAGUCAAAUGUGAUUUUUAAGCCAUUGAGGUAAUAAAACCUUAUUAGAAUUGAUACAUAUCCCAACUUUGCUUGUGUUUUUAUAAUUUAAUUUUAAAAUUAUUAUUAAUUAUGUAAUCAUUUGUUUAUGCUACAUUUUAGAUAUCUUUAUGUAGGCCAAUUAAGUUCAGUCAUUUAAAUAUCAGUUAAAAGUCUUAUUAUUAUGAAAAAAAAACAAGUGUAUAGUUUAUAGAACUGUUCUGUGUGUGUAAUUCACAUGUAAUGCAUUGACUGAGAUUUUGUCGUUUAAUUCGUCUGUCAUUAUUCAGUGAUUUAACAAAUUUUUCAAAAUACAUAGAUUUAUAUAGAAUGUUUAAUUCAACAUUUUACAUAAAGAAAUUAACAAAUAUAUUUUUCAUAUUCUGCAGAAAUGUCAUCUGUCAUUAUUUGUGGUCAAGAUAAUCUGCUUUCAGUUUUUUAAGCCUAGAAAUGAUCUCUUUUAAAUGUUUUAAGUGUAAUAAUUACAGUCCAAUAAUGUUCACCAGUCGAUCAUAUGAAAAAAAAAAACACCAA